AUGAAUUGCAUCACAAGACGUGAUGAUCGUCUUACAACACGCGUCGUUGAGCGUGGAGUCACAUUAUGUAAUGUGUGCGUGCAUCAAUCUACCGUCGCAACCAGUGCUCGAGACGUGGCUCGAGAAGAGAUUGAAGCGGAUCCAAAGCGUUGGCGAUUUCCAUCACCGACUGACGAUACUCGAGAGCGUUCAUCGGAUGGACAAUUACAAGCGCAUAUGCUCGCCCAAUUGACGGCUUCUGCACGUAGUACAAAUGGUCUUCGACCAAUCUCUGUGGUCUCACUACGCUCGGAACUAGCUGUGAACGACCUCUUUGGGUGCUGUGCUUGA